AUGAUUCACGUGUGUGAGCCCAGGGAAGAAGGCAAAGCAAAAAUAGAACCAUUCAUCAAAGCUCUGCUCAAGAAUUUCCAACCAGCAUUCUAUCCUUUCCAAACCACCUCCGUGGAUGAAAUGGUCAUUGGCUGGAAGGGUAGAUUUUUACACAAGCAGUACAACGCCAUGAAGCGGAGAAAACACAACAUCAAGACAUUCGGGAUCUGCGACUCUACUACAGGGUACAUUUACAAUUUGCUGGUGUACUUUGGCAAAGACACCUCUUACAUUCCUGAGAGUGAUGAAGAUUCUUCACAAGCUGUAAAAGUCUUCAAAACUCUAAUGGAACCGUUGAGGCACAGUGGACACAUCUUCACUGAUCGGUAUUACUAUUACACCUCGGUACCCCUCAUAACAUACCACCUAUCAUCUGCUCGGCAUUACUAUACGGGUACCCUGAAUGUGAACAAAAGUUUCUUUCCUCCUCAACUAAAGACGCUUCGACUCAAACACCUCGAGGAGCAGUACUUCUACCAUGAAGAACGGGACAUCCUCUGCGUCACACGGAAGGACAAGAAAGCAAAGAAACCCUGUAUUAUGGUGGCAACGAAUUUCCGUGUUGGAUCAACCGAGAUCAGGGAAGGAUGUCGGCAGGUGUCAAAUCCUGUCAUGAUACAGGAUUACACCAACUAUACGAAUGGCAGUGACAGGGCGACCAGAUGA